AUGUUCUCGCCGGUCGUUGUCCUCGCUUUCUUCACAGUUCUCGCCGGUCGAGUGUUGGCUUUCAACAUCACCGUCGGCACCAGGAACUUGGGCGCGAAUGAAAUCCUCGCCAUCCCCGACAGCCCAGUCAAGACCGCAUGCGCCAGUAUAUGCACGCCCGCAUCCACUGCAAUUGCAGCAUGCAAUGACGAUACCGCCUGUCUUUGCCGCACCGACACCGUCACCGCUUUCGUCAACUGCGAGACAUGCAUGCUGCACAACCUGAUCAAUACCAACAAGCCCGCCCCCGACAUCCGCGCAGGUUCCAAUGUUGCUGUCGGAGCAUACGCCGGUGUCUGCAAGACCGAUCUCAAUAUCACCCUCCCCGCCAAUCUGACCGCCCUCGCCCUCCCCGCCACUUGGGACGGUCCCUUCGUAUCUGUGCUGCCUGUGGGAGCUGCUGCUGUGACUGUGAUUGCGGGUGGCAUUCUUGGGUUCUCCGCGCUGUACAUCCUGUCGAACCUAGAGUGA